UCCGUUCAGUUCCAUCCGUAGCGGGUAGCUAGUCGACUGCGCCGUACUGCGGUAAAACAGUCCUGUCACUAAGUUCAUUGUUGUUCUGCGUAUUAGUGCAACUAUUCAUUUACUAAGGAUAUCUGUGAUCUAUUAAACCAACUGACUCGUCACCAUCUACCCCGAUCUAUCCCGAACCUACACAUAAAACAAAAUGGCAGCCGUGGAAGGCGUAGGACAGGGCACCGAGCUCGAGCAAGUACAAGCCAAAUCCAGAGAUGUCGCCAACAAGUCGUUGGAAACCACCCGCCGCCUGUUGGCGCUCACCGAAGAGAGUAAGGAAGCUGGCAUAAAAUGCCUUGUCGCUCUCGACGACCAGGGAGAGCAACUGGAUAACAUCGAGAAGGGGAUGAACACCGUGCAUACCGACAUGCACCAAGCUGAGAAGAGUCUCAAGGAGAUGGAAAAGUGGUGCGGGCUCUGCACACUUCCCUGGAAAAAAGGUCCUGCUAAAAAGAAGACGGACAACGACGUAUGGACGGGCAAGAACGAAAGCAAGGUGGUCAAUAACCAGCCGCAGCGAGUGAUGACCGACGAGCGGAAUGGCUGUGGGCCUAUGACCGGAUACAUUGGCAGGAUAACAAACGACGCGCUGGAAGAUGAGAUGGAGGAGUGCAUGGUACAGGUGAACACCAACAUCGGCAAUCUGAGGAACAUGGCUCUCGACAUCGGCUCCGAGCUCUCCAACCAGAAUAACCAGAUUGAGCGCAUCCAGCGUAAGGCCGAUUCGAACGUGGACACUCUGAAGGAUGCCAACGAACGAGCGCACAAACUGAUGAAGAGUUAAACACUAUAUCUAUCGACAAUAAUUUCUUUAUAGAUAGGGUCGUAUAUUACCCUACAUGUAGAAAACUAGCUAUAAUCGGAGUGCUGUGAUGCAUUAUACGAAUCUGGAUACAUACAAAGAAAUUGAUACAUCCUUUGUAACCAUAGACAAAUCAACUAUUGAAUGAAAUGUGGGGGUGAACGGGUGAACGUUAGAUAAUGAGAAUUUUUGGCUAGAUGGCGCUGCACGGUGAAUUGCAUCAUUGCAUCAAGCAGACUAAGUACAUUGUCAAAUAUAAUUACAGUAGUAUCCGCUUAUAAUGACAUCGAAGGGUACUGACAAACACGUCAUACUAAGCGGAUGUCAUAUAAAACAUAGUUGUACAACUGCUUAUUUUUGUUAUGUUUAAUCUCAAACUCCUUUGUGAGAAAUGAGUUUUAUUAAACUUGUAACAAAUAUCAACUUGUCACUGAGAAUCAAAACUAAAAUACCUACCUUACACGCCACGAACGCACCAAACGUCCUCGCAGGAAAAGACGUCGUGACGGCCACGAAAACCAGCGAAUGUGUCAGUAUAACCGGACAUAAUUUCAUGGAAAUAGGAUUUUUAGGUCAUAGUAAGCGAUUUGUCACUAUAAGCGAAGUCAUCUUAUCCGAAUUCAUCACAAAGAAUUUUAUAUGAAAACCAAACUUCGCACAGUAAUUACGUCAUAGUAAGCGGUUGGUCAGUAUAAGCGGAGUCAUAAUAAACGGAUUCUACUGUAAUUGUCAUUCUAACUAGUUAGUGCAAAAUGCUAUGAAAUAUUGUUCAACUGUGUACGUCUAUAAUUAUAGUUGAUUUGUCUAUGGAAUAUGGCGUUUAGUUUUGCAUCGGCUAUCCUAUUUGAUAUAUCAGAAUGGCUAGAAACAUUCGCCAUCAGAUAUAUGGGAGCGGCCAAGAUCCUCAAGAAUAUCUGAACGUGCAUUUUAACUUCUUGAUAAAAGAGGCUUUUAAAACCUCGACCGCUCCGAUAUAUCUGAUGGCGACUGUAGCUUCUUGGAGCGAGCGGCUCUAGCACAACUAACUAACGCGCGCGCAUAGGAGUUAACUACCCUCCUAUUUCUAAUAAACGUGGAGACGUUAACUGUAGCGUGUGAAUGAGUUGUGGUAGAAAGAGACAAAAUAAAUAGAGUCUAAGCUUCUUCUUCCUUGGUAGUUGUCGUUACUAUAUUAUAUUUUGCCUUAAUAGACGGCUAGCUCUAACUUCCAUUAAAUGCGAGCUCAUAAAUAUAUCACAUCUGUUAUAUUUAAUGAAUGCUUGUUACGCAUGUAAGAAUUGGCUUUAAGGACUCGCAUCCAGGCCAUAAUUGUUUAAAAAACCUUUUGAGUCGCACUUUUAUGAAA